GAGCCAGGGGUGGGGCCAUACUUGCUGCAGGAACCUGCCCUUUAAGGAUCGUCCGAGGCUUACCCGAGCCGGCUGUCGCAGACCCGCUGCUCUCGGACCUCGAGCCUGCCCGGCUCUGCCAUGGUUUCGUGGAUCAUCUCCCGGCUCGUGGUGCUAAUAUUCGGCACUUUAUACCCUGCAUAUUCCUCUUACAAGGCCGUGAAGACGAAAAAUGUAAAAGAAUAUGUGAAGUGGAUGAUGUAUUGGAUUGUGUUUGCCUUCUUCACCACAGCAGAAACACUCACAGAUAUUGUUCUUUCCUGGUUUCCAUUUUAUUUUGAGUUGAAAAUCGCAUUUGUGAUCUGGCUGCUCUCUCCUUACACCAAGGGCUCCAGCGUCCUCUACAGGAAGUUUGUGCACCCAACGCUCUCCAGUAAAGAGAAGGAGAUUGAUGAGUAUAUUACCCAGGCCCGUGACAAGAGCUAUGAAACCAUGAUGCGAGUUGGCAAGAAAGGUUUAAACUUGGCUGCCAAUGCAGCAGUCACUGCAGCUGCAAAGGGUCAGGGAGUUUUGUCUGAGAAACUGAGGAGUUUCAGCAUGCAGGACUUGACUCUGAUCCGGGAUGAAGAUACUGUGCAUCUACGGAGCCCCAAGCUGCAGCUGCGCACCUCCACUAGUGGCCUUGAAACCAUUGAGGAUUCAGCUGCUUCCUGUUACUCCUCAGGAGAAGAGGCCAGUGUGUCUCAAAGGUCAAAUGGGGUCCAGUCUGAUUCUAGAACAGAACCUUCAGAUGAGGAUGCAGGAGACAAAACACUGAAACGCACCCAGAGCCUCAAAGCUCCUAAGAAAGUGACAAAAGCUGAGCCUCCACUAAAGAGUGUGAAAGCUCGCCCCAAGAAGAAAGCUGCAGGCUCCAUUGCUGCUGGGGAGUCAGCCUAAGGACACCCCCACCCACCUGUCCCAGGAUUUGCCUGUCAGUUUGAAGGGACACUUUCCAAAGGAAGGGAGCUGAGAUACAUGUACAUAACAGCUACUUCUUUGUAGAGCUUAUUCCAAGGCGAGGGCAUGGUAGGGAUUCAGCAUGUGAAGUGGAGGAUGCACAUCCUCAGAAAUUAUUUAGUCUUCAUCUCUCUGUUGGAGGGAAUGCUGAUCUGUCUGUACAUAGCCUGUUGCUUUGGGAUCCCCUCUCUGCGUAACCCUAAUAGGGAAACUUUGCUGGAAGAACUGAUUAUUAUUAUUCUUAAUAUAUGUACAGUGUGCCUCAGGUGGCACAUGACCAGGAUUCAUCGCCAAAUUUGGUCCACUGGUUAAUUAGGGUUAGAGCCAUCCCUUGUGCAGAGGCUGAAAAAAUAUUCAGGAUGGGGCCACUGAAGUUCCAUUUGGGGUGGACAGCUCCUGAAAAUGUCUUAUAUCAGCCUGGGCAUCCUCCUGAAGCUACUGAGGGGAAUUAUUGGUAGUAAGUGCCUGUAGCAAAGUGGCUGGUACCAGUUCCUUCGUAAUUCAAGCCCAUUCUUUUAGGGAAGAGGACUGAAGCAAUAUGUGGCUAACGCUUUCCAGUUUCAUUCAUGUUUGACUUGUAGGAGGAGUGGAAUUGUCAGGGUUCCAGCAUAUGCUGCAGAUGGACUCUCAGGAAGUGAGGAUGAAUGGCUUUCUUUGCUUUUCAGGGAGAAGGAAGAGCAGAGAGAGAGCUGAGACUCCACAGUGGCUAGGAGGACAUGAGUGGGUGUGUGAGUGUGUGCACAUGCUGGAGUAUAUACAAGUGUAUCUGCUGGAGAACUGACUACUUGGCACUCCUGGAGUUUGUGGUCCGUCUCCAGAAUUGCUUGAAUUUUAUUUUGGAUUCCAUAGUCCAAUCCAAUUCCUGUAUGGAUGAUGUCAAAAAGGGUGGGUGUGUGAGGCAACGUGGGGGCCAAUGAGCCUCUCUUGGCAGUGAGUUGGGUGGACUUUGAGGAUGUUACAGUCACACCCAAUGGCUGAACUCCACAGCACCCCGAUGCUAGUCACCCUAGAACUAAUCUGACAAAUUCUUUCAUUCUAACAGAUGAUACUGGAAAACCUGGCUCAAUGCAGUCUGCAGACUGACUUGAGUAAGUGUGAGGUGGAACAAAUCUAGAGGCCCUUCUGUCCCAACUCAGAAGGCUCCAGGAGAGCCGAUCCACAGGGCUUGAGAGUUUACAAAUAACUAAAGUAUGAAAACUUCAUUAUCCUGAUACCAGGACUCCAUUCUUCAAUUGGGGCGGGGGGGAAUACAGUAUUGGGAUUGAUCAGUCCUUCUGCUGCAUCUUACUUCAGCCCUUGAACAACUCUUCAUGUAUUUAACAAUGUGCCAGAUCCAUCAGUCUCCUGGAAGCUGAGCAACAUGUAAGAUUCAAGCCAGAAAUACUUUUGGAUAUGGGGUAUGUAAUGAGGGGGUUGGACGUCAGUAGCUCUCACAUUUAAAAAAACAAACAAAAAAAAACAAACACACCUUUGAGGUGUGUCAGUGCAAGCUAUGCUGGACACCAAUAUGUUGAGAACAGCUGAAGGGAUCCCCCCCUCCUCUGGAUGAGAACACAUCCUAACCCUGUACCUGUCAGUAGAUCUUUCCCAACGUCUGUUGGUGUGGGGGGGGGAUCCAGAAGAUGAGUAGGGACCCUCAUAUCACUGUUACCACUUGACUAAUGUCUUGGAGAUGAAUAUUUGGUGGCCUUGGUUUUUCACUGAGAUUAGCUGCCAAAGGAUCUUUCCUGCCUAUUAAAGACCAUUCUCUUUGUAUUUUAGGAGUAUGGAUUUCCCCCCAUUUCUGUAGCCUAUUUUCUCAAUUCUAAAACUAUGGCAGAGCUCUUAGCCUAAAUGUCUAGUUAUGUUGUCGGCAGUGUAUAGAAACACCUCCUGUAGCUUUCUUCAAUUUCUUAUAACUUUGUCAAGACUGCCACCUUUUGGGCUGAAAUUUUGCAUGUUUGUUCUUGGCCUGGGCAUAAAUUGAAAGCUCACAUCUUUCAAAUACAAAGAGAGAAGGGAUAAAAUUUUUGCCAUUGAAAAAAAACAAUCAAGCAUACUGACCAGUUCUAGUGUCUUGGUAGGCUGUGGAAGAAUCUUGUAAUUUGUCAGGGAUGCUAACCCUAAGUAAUAGAUAAGGUGGUCUGGUGAAAGUCCUUUUUGAUUUGGCUAAGGCAUUAAGAUUUAC